AGAUGUUUUAUUCACUGUGGAAAAUCUAAAUAAACAAGACCAGCUGGAUCCAAAGAAAAAAUGGAAAGAAAUUAGAGAACAGUUUCUUCUCGGUCCUUUUCUUACUAUAAAGCGUGAUGUCGCAAAAUAUCAUGCUCAUAACUGCCAAAUACUUCGGCCGAUUCGGCAAUUUCAUCGGCAUCAAGCAAAAUGUAUUUGGAGAAAUUGGAUAAGAAAAAGAAUGAACGCGCAAAAAAAAGGAGGAG